AACAAUUAGCAUAAUGAACGAUAGAUGAACAGAUAACCACAGCUUCUCCUAAUAGAACCUCUUUCUCUGGACGUCUCCUAUCUUCUAUCUCAUCCAUCCAUUCCAUCAACACAAAAUGUCCACCAAAGAAAUCCACAAGUACGGCACCGACGAUGGCUGGCACGGCAUCAUCCAAGAAGGAGGUGAAUUCCCACCCGAAAAAGACAGAUACCACCUCUACAUCGGCCUCUUCUGCCCCUUCGCUCACCGUCCAAACCUGAUCCGACAUCUCAACCACCUCCAACCCUACCUCCCCAUCUCCAUCGUACGCCCGUACCCCAAAGGCGAACCCGGCUGGCGCUUCGACGCCAGCUACCCAAACGCCACCCCCGACCACCUCUUCAACAGCCAAUUCAUGCACCAAAUCUACUUCCGCGACGACCCAGCCUACAAGGGGAAAUACAGCGUGCCUCUUCUCUGGGACAAGAAGAGUGGUCGUAUAGUAAACAAUGAGAGUGCUGAGAUGUUGAAGUGGUUACCACGGGCUUUUGAUUCCGUGCUGGGGAGUGAGGGGGAGAAGGGACGUGACUUUUAUCCUCAGGAGCUACGCGGAAAGAUUGAUGAGAUUAGUCCGUGGUUGCAGUCGUUGGUUUGUGCGGGCGUGUACAAAGCGGGGUUUGCACCGACUCAGGAAGGCUAUGAGAAGGGUGUUGUUCCGCUCUUUGCUGCGCUGAAUCGACUAGAGGAACUGGUGCACAGCAACGGCGGACCAUAUAUCCUGGGCGACAAACUUACUGAAUUGGAUCUUCUGGCGUACCCGACGAUCGUCCGUUUCGACACGGUUUACUCUCAGCACUUCAAAACGAACCUGGGUUCGAUACGACACGACUACCCUGUUUUGAACAAUUGGCUCAAGAAUCUGUAUCAUAAUGUGGAGGGUUUCAAGGAGAGUACGGACUUCAAGCAUAUCAAGGAGAACUAUACGAAGAGCCAUGGUGAUAUCAACCCGCUUAGUAUCACGCCGUUAGGACCGUAUCCGGAUGUGGAGGAGGAUUAUGAGAAGGACUGGAGUAAGUUGAAGCCCGGGAAGGUAGCGCAUCCUCGAGUCUUGGAGGAACAGAGCAAGCUCUGAGAAAACGGCGGCGUGAAAGAGAUAAGUGAAGUUCUCGAGGAUAACGUAGGGAACGAAAACGGUAGAUCUGAGACAGAUUGUG